UUCAAGCAUACAGUAGAGCAAAACAGAUCGUUCGUAGCAAAUCGUGGAGCGACAAAUACUUUUAUAAUACGUUUCUUGCUUUGAUAUUUGAAACUGAAACAGUACCUCUGUCAUAGCUUAUCUCGCUAACGGAAGCUCACAGUAUCAAAUAUAAAUAUAAAUUAACACGCAUAUGUAUAUAAUAAAGAACUAAGUAGUUUGUAGAAUAUAUUUGAUUUUAUAAAAAAAAAUAGAACAAUAGUAAUAGAAAAACUACUUUUGUUUUAAAUAUUAACUGCAAAAAUGGGUUUUAAUCCUAUGAAAUGGAAAACGAGAAAUGUGUUGUAUACUAGUUUAACAUUCUUUAUUUUGUAUGUAUUUUUUAUAUAUAAAAAGAAACAUCAAGUAAUGUUCGAGGCUGUUAUUCGCGACACAAAUCCUAUUUAUGUAUGGGAAUUUGUUGCAGAUUUUAGCAACAUGAAAAAAUUAAAUCCAACAAUAGAAGAUUUUAAUAUUAUUGCGGAAAGUGGCAAUUAUGAUCACUGGAAGUAUUCGGUUGAAUAUACGGAACAUUUGAGUCAUAUACCAAUUAUUCGAAAUGUAGCACAGGGACAUUACGCCAUACGCCAGGAUAAUAAUGGUUACUUGAUCACUUCGAAACAUCAUACAUGUUUCUUUCUCAAGUUUGGAUGUUUGGAAUCGAUCUCGCAAUUUAGAUUUGAUCGAGACGGAUCUAACGAUACAAAAUGUAUGGAAACCGUGCAAUACGAAUGCCCGAUUGCAUUUUCAACAUUAUGUUAUAAAGAAGUUAUGUAUCAACGAGAGGAAAUUAUGAAAAGAUUGGAACAACAAUUCUCGAAUAAUAAAAUAAAAAAUAAUUAAUAAAAUUACAAUAAAUCUAAUAUAUAAAGCAUUUUGUAUUAAACUAUUUGUUAAUCUUGAUACGAUUAUUAUAAUAAACUUUACGAUGAUUAUAAA